AUUGCGUCGGCCUCACGUUGCACAAAUGUGUCAAGCGCUGAAUACAUGACGGUUUAGCCUAACGUACGUGACUUGGACAAAAUUUAGAAAAAAAAUAUUAUUAUGCGUUUUGGUGAUCAAUUUGACACAUUUUUAUUUCUCGGAUACUGAAGAGGAGACACACGUGGAUCCGAAAAGUGAUCAAGGCAGAUCCUCACAUUCUACAUCCAACACUGUUUGAAUGAACACAAAUUUAUUGUCACCACAUGGAACCCAUUCCCCUUGUUGAACAUAUGAAGACCCUUACUGACCACUGUAAUUGGACAAAUAGCUAUUAAUGUGUGACCAAAGCACGGAGAUGCCUGGAGGAGACUGCGGUCCAGAUGGGGAGGAGCCUGCGUUAUCGCCAGCAACAGGAGGAGAGGAUGGGAGGAUGUCGUCCGGGCAGCCGGACGGAGGGGCACAAUCAGGGCGUCUCAGGGGAGGAGAGCGGAGGCUCAGCCGGAGAAGUGGGACAGGAAGAUGAGGAGAUGACCAGCGGAUCGCAUGACCUCUCUCACUCAGCCAAUCGCAGUCCUGGUAGUGUCACAGGAUCCACCUCAGCUUCAACCAAGAGCAGUGAGAACACAGAUGGUAGCAGAGGGCAGACCCACAGAGAGGUGAUGGACACAGUGGCUGAGAUGAAGAAGAGGAUUCCAACAGACAAACGCAAUCGCAGCAAAGCCAGCACUGUGGAGGCCUUACAUUAUGCGCUCAACUGUGUCAAACAAGUGCAAGCAAACAGUGAAUACUACAAACUGCUGAUGCGAAGCGGCCAGGAUGAGAGGAGAGAUUCUACUGUUUGCACCCUGGAAGAGUUGGAGAGAGUCACAUCUGAACACACCCUUAAAAACACGGACUCCUUUGCAGUGGUUUUCUCCCUGUCGAGCGGCCGCGUGCUGUACUCGUCGGAGCAGGCUCCCAGCAUCCUGUGCUGCAAGAGGAAGUUCCUGGAGUCGGCCAAGUUUGUGGAGCUGCUCUUCCACCAAGAUGUUAAUGUCUUCUACUCGCACACGGCUCAGCCACAUCUGCCACCCUGGAGCAACUCGCGUACAGCGGGGGUUCUGUUUGACUGUGCCCAGGUCAAGUCUUUCUUCUGCAGAAUCAGGGGUGGGAAGGACCGUGAUGGUGAGAUGCGUUACAACCCAUUUCGGGUAACACCCUACCUGCUGACAGUGCAGGGGACAGGACGCAGUGGGGAAGACGAAGAGCCGUGCUGUCUGGCAUUGGCUGAGCGCAUCAUCUCUGGAUACGAGGCACCUCGGAUCCCCAUGGACAAGCGCAUCUUUACUACCACACACUCACCCGGCUGUGUGUUCCUGGAAGUGGAUGACAGGGCUGUGCCGUUGCUAGGAUACCUUCCCCAGGAUCUGAUUGGCACGUCGUUGCUGACUUGCAUUCACCCAGACGACCGCCCCCUUAUGCUGUCUAUGCAUCGGAAAGUGUUGAAGUAUGCGGGUCAGUCUCCGUUCGAGCACUCUCCGGUGCGUCUGCGCUGUCAGAAUGGAGACCACGUCACUUUGGACACCAGCUGGUCCAGCUUCAUCAACCCAUGGAGCCGCAAGGUGGCCUUCAUCAUCGGACGGCACAAAGUCAGGACGAGUCCACUGAAUGAGGAUGUGUUUGCUGCUCCGACAAAGGAGGAUGUCCCUGUCACCCAUGAGGAAAUUAAAGAUCUACAAGCAAAGAUCUAUAAGCUUUUCCUGCAGCCGGUGCAUAACAACGGUUCCAGCGGUUAUGGCAGUUUGGGAAGUAACGGCUCUCAUGAGCACUACAUCAGCGUGGCUUCUUCAAGUGACAGCAAUGGUAACCUUUGGGAGGAUUCACAACGUGAACCGAUGACUUUGCAGCAGAUUUGUGCGGAUGUAAACAGAGUCAAGAGUUGGGGCCAGCAGGCUUAUCUGGGUUCCAACCAAAAACUCGCUCUUCUUGGCAAACCAGCCGCAGCCCGUGUGCCCCCUGUAAUUUCCAACCCUCAGGUCAGAGAUCAUGAGGAAGGCAGGAAGCAAACACACAUUCCUUCCUAUCAGCAGAUCAACUGUGUGGACAACAUCAUCAGAUAUUUGGAGAGCUGUACAGGCCCAGCCCUCAAGCGGAAAAGUGACUCUCAUUCCCUGGCCACUUCCUCUUCUUCAUCCUCUAACUCCGAAGACGACAAGCCUGCUGAAGCCACUGACCCAGCUCGGGCCAGCUCAGAUGUGGUGUUGGACAGUGCGGCGUCAGUGGCCCCGACGGCAGCGGCUGUUGUUGGAGCGCCUCUGACAGACAUCACAAUGUCCACUAAGGCCAUGAGUGUUGUCUCUGUCACCAGCCAGUGUUCGUACAGCAGCACCAUUGUCCAUGUGCCACAGCCGGAAUCAGAGGCCACAGCACUGGAGGACGCCCCGAUGGGCAGUGAGCCCACUGAGUCUGCUCCCACCCCUGUCCGUCCCACCCCGAGCCCCGCUACAGAGGAACCAAAGUUUAUCGGCCUCACCAAGGAGGUGCUGUCCGCUCACACCCAGAAGGAGGAGCAAGAGUAUGUCGAUCGAUUCCGCCAUCGCAUCCUGCAGAGCCCCUACAGCUCCUAUCUGCAGUUGGACAACAGCUCUAUGGCCCACUCCCACCAUCCAGGCGACUAUCUACGUCCAGUGAGCGCUGGUGGGUUGAACCGCUCUCGGAGAGGAAAGCUGAGACACAAGCGGCCGAAACCCCAGGGUUCCUCAGACAGCUACGCUUCCCCAGCUGGCCCACCUCGGCGGGUCCCAGACUCUUCUUGGCCCUCCUCAGAGUCCUCCCAGCGCCAGAUGGGAGCACCCUACAGCCAAACAUCCCCAAUGCAGGCACCAUUCUUCCCUAUGAUGGCAACCCAGCCUGUCCCUGAGCAACCGCCAGUACCACAGCAGCUGCCUGGAGCAACAACUAUGGUGCCGCAGCCUCCUGACCAAACCCAGCUCAGCUACUUCAACAUCAUGCAGACUACUCAGAGCCUGCCAGGCAUGCAACCAAUCCAGAUGGAGCCCUUUCAGAAUCUGCAGAAUAUCCAGAACUUUCACAACCUGCAGCCCAUGGCUCAGGUCCAGGGCAACCCUUACAUGACUCAUCAGGUCAUGGCUGUCAUCCUGCCCAGCUACCCAACAUUCACUCCAGGCUACCCGUCCAUUUACCCACCGUCCGCUCCUACCAUGAUGCCCCAGGUACCCAUCACCAUGGCAGGCUUUGCUCCUGGCAGCAUCCCCUUCCCUCAGCCUCAGCUCCAGCUCCAAGCCGAGCAUGUGCCCCUCACUCAGACAUGCCUGGGCUCUAUGCUGUGCUCACCCAGACCCAGCUCCUCUGUCGGGGAAGAAGAGGAGGCAGCUGGGCCUCGGGCUUUAUUCUCCAGCUCUCGCUCGAGUUCUCCGCUGCAGCUGAACUUGCUGCAGGAGGAACUGCCAAAGCCAAGUGAGGGGCAGAGCAGCACCGGGCACAACCUCGCAGAGAGUCUCCACGAACAACAUGCCAACCAGGUUGACAACCCCAUUGACUCUGGUAACCAUGAUGCCCAGUCUACAACCAGUGAGCUGCUUGACCUGCUGCUGCAGGAGGAUGCCAGGUCAGGGACCGGCUCCAACGCCUCGGGAUCUGGGUCAGGGGAGUCUGGUGGCUCCAUGGGAUCUGGAUCUGGCUCCAAUGGAACCUCCACAUCACACACUGGCAGCAGCAACAGCAGCAAAUACUUUGCCAGCAAUGAUUCAUCGGACACAUCUCGCAAAGCCCGUAAGAGCCAGGAGGCACCAGCAGAGCACCAACAUGGCUUCGACACACGGGGAGAGAACACACUCUGGAGCAUGAUCCAGCAAACACCUGAGCAUGCCAUGAUGACGUACCAGAUUCAAACAAGGGACCAGAAUGAGGUGCUGGCAGAGGACAGGGAGAAGCUUCGGGUGCUUCAGCCCCACCAGCCCUGGUUCACCCAGGAGCAGAGAGAGGAGCUGAAUGAGGUCCAUCCCUGGAUCAAACAGCACACUAUCCCACAGGAGAUAGACACACAGGGUUGUGUGAGUUGUACGUCGGGCCCAGGGCUCGCCCACUCCCCUCACCCUAUUUCCCCCGAUAGCUCGAUCCCCCAGCAGGACUCCAUCGGACCUGUUGGAGACACUUGAAUGACCUGGACCUCAAAUCUACCCAGCUCACAGCACAUCAACCCUGCCAGAAACCUCAAGAACUCCCACCAUGCAUCUCUUCUGACCAGAGGAGUGGGUCCCAGUGCUUUAGAUUAACAUGUUUUGUAAAGGUAUCUGAGGCUGGAUCAGGCUCUGAAGAAUGGAGGAGGUAAAAGAGAUGGGCAUUUUCUCUCAGUCAGCCAAUUGUGACUGCCUUUAUAGGACCAUAAAUAUUAUACCUCUCUUCUUGUUGUGUUCAUGGCCCCUGUAGGGGUUUAGUUUGUAUUUAAAGACUGACCAGUAAAUGGCACCACGAACCACUUGACACUCGAUAUAGAAAGAUGGUCCCAUGGUUGCUGCCCCUAAACAUUAGCACUGUGUACUGCACACACUCAGCCUGUCUGAUAAGUGUGACUGGGCGACAAGGAUGAAGACGGCGCUGGCCCAGUUUCAGUAUCAGAACACACACCAGACUCUUCUCCAGAGACACGGAGUGCAGGUUGUACAAUACAUGUAUGACAUCGACUCCUUCAACUACAGAGUAACUUAUCAUGGUUGACACAUGGUCGAUACUUUUUUCUUCUUUUUUUUGACGGACAUGAAGACAAAGACACAUUUGCUGCUCUCUGUUUAUAAUGUUCAGAUUCUAGUCUUGUACGUUGUUUGUUUGUUAUUGGAGUGUAUCCUCUUAUUCCAUAGAUUGGUUUCCUCUUGUUUAGGACGUCAUUUUUUAUGUUACUCUGACUCACGAACAACAGCAAACAAUAUAAACGUUUAAAAUUUAAUUUAGUGCGACAACACAAGUCCACCCUGAUGUCCAAAAUGUCCUUUCCCCACCCAGUAUCCUGGUCAUCACCUGACAGUAUCUGUAGCUUACCUUUAAUUGUAAAUGCACAGUGUGGCUCUGAAUAUCCUUUGAACCUGGGUUUACUUACUGAAAGGAUUUUCUCUUAGACUGUGCGUUCGUGUGCGAGAGUGUUCUACUUCUGUGAAUGUUGUCAACCUUUUGCUCGUACUGGCUUCAGAUUGCAGGUGAGUUUGAUUGAGUGUGAGAAUGUGUGAGGGUGCCCUCUGACCGAUUGAAAGCUGCUUCCUUCGAUACAGUUGUCCAACAGCGCUAGACAGACCAGGGUUUUCUACCAUUUUUAGAUUGAAACUAUAUUACAGUACCAUGUAUUUUAUAGCAAAAGGACACUAAACAAACUUCACAAAGUGUAUAAAAAGCCAUUUGUCUUGAAUUCAGGGACUGUUUGUUUGUGACACAAAGGAAUGAAUAAAUGAACCAUGUACCUAA